AUGGCAAACCUGGAAGUAAACACCGAGUUUGCCACGAUUUGCGCAUGCAUGGAAGCGGCUUCUGCCAUCUGCCCAUGCGCACAAGCGGCGGUCGACUCUACGCAUGUGCAGAAGCAUGCUGCUGCUGAAUGCACACACGCACAACGGCACCUCCACUAG